GGCCCGGCCCGCCGAGGAGGAAGGGAAGGGAAGGGGAGCGGACUGCGCUGUUGCCCUUUUAAGCGAGCGAGCGGGCGCAGGAGGCCGGUACAAAGGGAGCUCCGCCGUGCCCCGCCGGCUGGGGCUGCCCCGGCCCCGCCAUCUUCUGCCCCGCAGGCGCGGCCGGGGCCAGGGUCGGGCCGGCUGAGUCGGAGGGAGGCGGCGGCAGCGCAGGCCCGGGCCCGGAGAUGAGGCCAGGAUGUCGGUGUCAGGGCUCAAGGCCGAGCUGAAGUUCCUCGAGUCCAUCUUCGACAAGGACCACGAGCGCUUCCGCAUCGUCUCCUGGAAGCUGGACGAGCUCCACUGCCAGUUCGUGCUCCUGCCGCCGCCGCCGGGCUCCAGCCCGCAGCCGCCGCCGCCGCUCACCAUCCACUGCAACAUCACGGAGUCUUACCCCUCUUCAUCACCAAUAUGGUUUGUAGAAUCAGAUGACCCAAACCUGACUUCAGUCUUAGAGCGUUUAGAAGAUAUUAAGAAGAGCAAUACUCUGCUUCUUCAGCAGCUGAAGCGAUUAAUAUGUGACCUCUGCAGAUUAUAUAAUCUUCCUCAGCAUCCAGAUGUUGAAAUGUUAGAUCAGCCAUUGCCAGCUGGACAGAAUGGAACAACAGAAGAAGUUACAUCAGAGGAGGAGGAAGAAGAAGAUAUGGGUGAAGACAUCGAAGAUCUGGAUCACUAUGAUAUGAAGGAGGAGGAACCAGUUGAUGGGAAGAAAUCUGAGGAUGAAGGCAUUGAAAAAGAGAACCUUGCAAUCUUAGAAAAAAUCAGAAAAAAUCAAAGGCAAGAUCACUUAAAUGGUGCAGUCUCUGGGUCAGUUCAGGCUUCAGAUCGACUUAUGAAAGAACUCAGGGAUAUAUAUAGAUCACAGAGCUAUAAAACAGGGAUAUAUUCAGUGGAACUCGUAAAUGACAGCUUGUAUGAAUGGCAUGUUAAACUUCUCAAGGUUGAUCCUGAUAGCCCACUGCAUAGUGAUCUUCAGGUCUUAAAAGAAAAAGAAGGUGUAGAAUACAUUUUACUCAACUUCUCUUUUAAGGAUAACUUCCCUUUUGAUCCUCCCUUUGUGCGAGUGGUGUCUCCUGUGCUCACGGGAGGGUAUGUCCUAGGUGGAGGUGCGUUAUGCAUGGAACUUCUUACUAAACAGGGCUGGAGCAGUGCCUACUCAAUAGAAUCAGUCAUCAUGCAGAUCAAUGCCACUUUAGUCAAAGGAAAAGCCAGAGUACAGUUUGGAGCCAAUAAGAAUCAAUAUAAUCUAGCAAGAGCACAGCAGUCCUAUAAGUCACUAGUACAAAUACAUGAGAAAAAUGGCUGGUACACUCCUCCAAAAGAAGAUGGCUAAUGCUGAGGACUGUUGUAUACCUGGACCAAUGUCAACAAAACAAGCUCUUUUUUAUGUUUUCCAACACACAGACUCAAGCUAUGAGUGCCCCUAUAACAGCUGUACUGAGGACUUUAGCUAUUAGAUAAGUUAGUGGAUAAUCUGUCAACUGACACGUACAGUAUAAGUGACAGCCUUACCAUUCCGCUCUUAGGUAUCUGGACUGAGCAGUUUGGGCCUUUACCAUAUUUGUUCUUAUGGAUUAAGCAUAUUUGGGCCAUGCCCUCCCUUCUCCCUUUUUUUAUUUGAAAGCAUAAACUCUCCUUGCAGCAGGCUAUCAACUUACUAAAGAUCAUUCAAUAGGAGUGAGUUGUUCACACACUUCUGUGUAUUUCUUACCUUUUGCAAAAUGCAGACUGCAGAGACUUGCGUUGUAUUGUUUCAUUUAAAGCCAAGAAGUUUAAUACAUGUUUAAUACUGUUUUAGGAAAUGUCAGGUCUUGCAAAUCACAGUAGUUUUUCUGGUCUAAAAUGACAGCGUUUGUAGUAUUUCCAAAUUAAUGAUAUAGGAAAAACACAUGUAUGUUAAGUCAUUAAACAUCUUUCAUGGCUGUAUGAGAAUAUGAACUGUUUAUUGGAAAAGAUGCUCUUUGUUUAGAUUAUCUUAAUUUUUUGGUUUGGUUUUUUCUUUUUUUUUUUUUGGUUUUGGUUUGGUUUUUUGUUUUUAUGCAGAGCAAGGCUGUGCCAAUAAAACCUUGUAACUAGUCACUUCCACUGGGGCAUCAGAACUUGCUGGGCUGUUCCUGCUACUUGUUGGCUCAACCUCCUUAACAAGAAGAGCCACAGUAUGAAGCUUGAAGUUAUUUAAAAUACUAAAAACCUUUUUAGGUGUUCCAUUUUAUUAACGGGUUGUUGCAAUCAUUUGUAAACUAAUGAACUUAUAAAGUGAUUGGCACAAAUUGAGAUGAAAGUCCUUGAAUGGAAAUUUUUAUAUAAAAGCUACAAUAAAGUACAAAAACAUGUCAUCCAAUUCAGAGGUGUAAGAAAUGCUGCCAUAGUCAUGACGGCGGUUUUGUUAUUGAAGGACUAAUGGGAACUGUUCUUUAUUCGGAGAUGAAGCUGGGUCUGUGUACUUACACAAUUUCAUUGCCUUACCGGAAUCGACUCUAUUUUGGUUGUAGUACUAGUCAUUAGGCCUGUGCACCCCUCGGGGCCGAGCUAUGGGUGUGUUCCAUGGAUUAAGCACUUUCAGAAGUGCAGAAGCAUGUUUUUGUAAUGUUGUUUUUUGUUUGGGGUUGUUUUUUUUUUUUUUUUUUAGUUGACUAUCGAACUUGUGCUAUUUUCUCUGUCAGGCACCCGCGGGUCCUUGUGCAUUUGCUUCUAGAUCCAGUUUUUAGCUCGAAAGAAACGAUGGGAGAGGUUUGGCCCUGCUUCCAGUGCGUGUUGUCCCCGGUGCGCUGGGUGGCAGCCGAGGCUGUGCCGCUGUCCGGGCGCAGGGGGGCUGGGGGCGGCCCUGGCCUCCGCCCUUCGGCGCAUGCUUCGGAUUGGGUUCCAUUUCUUCUGGCAGAGUUCCUUGGCAAUGUACAGUAAUUUGUAAACUUGCAUCAAGUUUAUGAAUAAAAAGCAUUUUACGAA